AUGACCUUACUAUCUACACCCAGGACCUUACCCGGGGUGGACCAGGACCGUAGCGCAGCCGGCAAGCGGUGUCCACGUCGCGGGGGAGCCAAAAUCAAGCGGCGGAGUGGGAGUGGAGUGGGGAGCAUCCCAUCCCGCCGCAACUCAAACUCAAACCCUACCCUACUCUUUCCUUCACAUUCAACACAACAGCCCAUCAUGACUCUAACAAAGGUCAACUUCAUCACCGGCAACAAGAACAAGCUGACCGAGGUCCGCGCUAUCCUCGGCAGCGUGAUCGAAGUCGAUAACCAAGAAGUGGACGUUCCUGAGAUCCAAGGCACGAUCGAGGAAAUCGCUAAAGAAAAGGCGAAGCGCGCUGCUGAAGCGAUCAAUGGGCCUGCGUUGACUGAGGAUACUGCUUUGGAAUUCCAUGCUCUUAAGGGCUUGCCGGGUCCUUAUAUUAAAUCUUUCAUGGAAUCCCUUGGUCAUGAAGGUUUGAACAAAAUGCUCGAUGGCUUUGAGGACCGUGGUGCUGAGGCUGUCUGCACCUUUGCUUUCUGCCGCGGACCUGGAGAGGAACCUAUUAUUUUCCAAGGUCGGACUGUUGGCAAAAUCGUUCGUCCUCGUGGCCCGACUAACUUUGGCUGGGACCCAAUUUUCGAAUAUGAAGGUCAGACAUAUGCGGAGAUGGACAAGGAAGCCAAGAACAAGAUCUCGCACCGGUACAAGGCUCUGGUUAAGUUCCAGAAGUGGUUGGCAGAGGGCCAGCAGUAA